GGAGAAGCAAGAGCAUGGGAGGCUGUAUGCACAGCACCCGGGAGCACGCAAUCCACUCCAGAGGAGAGUCCAAUCCUUCUGAAGCCCCAGCAUCCAUCUUAGCACCUAGCAAAAUGCCUAAAAGUGUUUCAAUAUCUAAACAACUGGCUUCAAUAAAAGCUUUGAAGAAGGGGUCAGAUCUGGAAAAAGCCAUUGCUACUAUUGCUCUGGUUUUCAGCAACGCUUCUGACCCUGAUGGUAAACUUGGGAAAGCCACUGCCAAGAAUCUGCUACAAACCCAAUUUAGGAAUUUCACAGAGAGAGAAGAGACCAAGCCAAAAUACCGAGACAUCCUUUCUGAGCUUGAUGAGCACACAGAAAACAAACUGGACUUUGAGGACUUCGCAAUCUUGCUCCUGAGCCUCACCAUUAUGUCAGAUCUGCUACAAAAGAUAUGGAGUGAAAAUACUAUGAAAUAAGCAAAUUUAAACAUGUGCAUGGGCAAAAUGAUGGCAAAAGCCAUGUCAAAGCAUUAAAGGUGUUUCUAUCUGAUUUGUGAUAAGUGGGAAUUCCAACU